UCCAUAUCUAAAUACAACCGUUAAACCAUAUCCCAGAAAAGACCGACAUUUUUUCCAAACAAACAAAUAAACUGUAAGAUAUGAAUCUAGCAUGAACUGACAUAUUUCAAAGAAUGGUAAUUUUUAAGUAGAUAAACUUGGGAUCUUAAACUUCUCAAAAGUCAAAACUGAUUCACGAUGGAAUAAAUAUUAUGGUUCAAAUUUGGGCCACUGAUAAUUCAAAACGCCAACUUAAAUAUAUUAUUCAAGUGCCAAUGUUUGCAACGGGCUUCAGGAGUGAGAGAUUAAUCAGCCUGAACUGUGAAGGAGUCGAGACCUUCAAGCAUUUUGGGAUUAUUCUCCAUGGUGUCAUUCUUAUUAGCUACAGCAGCCUGUCCACAAAAGUGAGCCAUUCAGGAGGAGUGGGCCCAACUUCUUGUCAACCCCUGGAGAAAAACAAAUUGUCUACAGGACCUUCCUCCUUCACCAUAAGGCGCGCCUCAGUAAACGCCUUGUUGCAUACGCAAUAGGCGUAAUCAUAUCCUCAGGUACAACUGUGCAGGUUUUAUAUUGCUUAAAAUGGGAUAUGCCUCCCAUCGUAAAUAGGAAAAAAUGCCAAGGCAGACCUUGAGCCGGCAGUGGCAGAACCAGAAAUGGCAGGUUAAGGGGGUUGGGGCUUCAAAAUUUGUAUUGGAUGGGACAAAGCUUAAAAUUUCACUAUAUUUUGUAGUGCCUAUAACUGCUUAUACUAAUGUAUAUACAUCACAAACUUUUUCUUGGGGGUGGGCCCCCUGUCAUAGUUAUUACAACAUUGUUACAUCAUCACUUAGUCAUCGCCUGAUAGGUACACAGAUUUAGUAACAAUAGAUCGAUCAAUAUAAUUGAGCUCAAAAGGCAGACACGACGAUGAAGACGAUACAAGACAGGGCACUUCGAGAGGCCUCUACUCUCCAGAACCGAAUUCCCAAUUCUAAAAUCUGCCUAACGACCCUCUUCUUCCCUUCUCAUUCUUAUAGUUAUAAUCUCCUAACGGGCCAGCCCACAUUUUAAGACAUGGCCCAAGAUUCUUAUUUAAUCAAUACUACACUUAUUUAAUAUCAAACUACAACUACUAUUAUUAUUUUCUACAGCCCAGGGCCCUAUCAUAUCUCCCCCUUGAAAAACCACCUUGUCCUCAAGGUGGGUGAUAUGACACAGCCUUGAUCUUCUUGAUCUUGAACUUCCUCUUCAUCCUGGAGCCUCUUCCUUCCCAAUAUAUUGUUGAUUUUUGUAUCCCUAUUUUCAGCACUUAACCCUUAAUCCUUACUUUCUCAGACCAGCAAUUCUCUAUGGUCUUCUCAGCCUUUCCAUAGAGCUCAUUGUUGUCUCGAAUCUGGAAUUUAGCAGUCUUGUCUAGUCCUUCAUAAUAGUCAACCAUAUGCACACCUAACUUGACCCCACUAUUCAACCCAACUUCUUUGUCCCCUUUGCCUAUUUUCAGAAUGUUCUCCAGCCCUUCAAGAGUCCAAUAGCUUAAAAUCUCUAAGAAGAACCGGGCACUACGAGUGAAACUGGUGUUGUGGUGUGCAUAUGGAGGUCCAGCUUUUCCAAAAAUAACAUGACUAACCCAUUGGAGUGCAUUUAUCAUGAUAUCAAGGGAAAUAAUGGUGUUGAGGCUAGAGAUGACUUCUGGUACUUAUAGCGUGCAAAGAAUGGGCAAGAAUGGUGUCUAUACUACCAAGUGAGGAUGAUUUUAAUAGUUCAUUGUCUUAAUCCAAAAAACGAGGAAACCGGGACUUGAGGGCUGGAGAAAGCCUGUUGCUGCGGCUGAAUAGAUGCCUGCGUCUGGAAAACCGGUUGAUGCUCCAGAAAAAUAGAUGGCCUGGUGGAAACAUAAGGGGGAUUAUCAGCCAUGGAAAAAUUUGGUGGUGGAGGAAAAUUGGUGAAGAGAAGGGAGGAGGUCGGCCGCAACAAGGGAGAACCGGACGUAGGGGAUAGAUGUGCAGCGGAGGAGGUGAAGACCACACUUGGUUGGAGGAUCGAUGUUGAAGAGGAUUCCGGUGCCGAAGAAACAGCCGAGCUCAUGGCAGCCGAAGCCAUAGCGGUGGAGGAGGAGGCGGACGAAGCCAUCGUCCGAUAGUAAGGAACGAGAGAAAAAAAAAAGAAAAAAAAAAUAGGUUUGGGCUCUGAUACCAUGUGAAAUAAUGGGAAAAUGGUACUCCAAUAGGAGUCCUGGCAGGCUUCCUAAAAGCCAUUGAGUGGGGCAAAUGAGUACUACGUAUCCAGGCCUUUAAUUUUUGGAAGUGGGCAUGUGGCAUCCUACAUCAAAUGGAAUUCUCCAUGUGCUACAGCCUACGGCCGCAGGUGGGCUCAAGAAGGGACUUUUAAGUUUUAAGUAGCAUUUCAGUACUCCGCCAUUGGUUUGAGCACUCUCUGGCCCUAGUUUCUGUAGAUUUAUUUUUAAGGUUAAGAAGACCAGGAUUGAUUCCUCAGAUCCACAGUCAAAGUUUCCGGUGCCUUUGCAGCACCCCUAUAUCUGAAUCUUCUGUUUCCGAGAAUCUUCUGAGCACUGUAAAGAAGAGAAUAGUCUCUGGUGUACAGCCAACAGGGUCUAUACACCUUGGGAAUUAUCUCGGUGCCAUAAAAAAUUGGAUCCAGUUGCAGGUGGGGGCGGUCUUGGAUAUGUAGUAUCAAGGAGCUUAUUCCACACCAGCAAUAGUAAUCCAUUUCAUAAGUAUAGCAUUGGCAACCUGUUGGCAACAGGAUAAGCAUGACACUUUCUUCUUCAUUGUAGACCUUCAUGCGAUAACUUUGCCAUAUGAUGCAUCGCAUUUACUUAAAGCAACUAAGGACACAGCAGCUCUUUAUUUAGCUUGCGGUGUGGACCCUACGAAGGCUACAGUUUUUGUACAGUCGCAUGUUGCUGCUCAUGUAGAAUUGAUGUGGCUACUGAGUGCUGCCACUCCCAUUGGUUGGCUCAAUAAAAUGAUUCAAUUUAAAGAGAUAUCACGGAAGGCGAGAGAUGAAAAUGUUGGGGUUGCCCUUCUAACCUAUCCUGUACUGAUGGCUUCUGAUAUUCUUCUAUACCAGCCUGAUCUUGUUCUUGUUGGAGAGGAUCAGAAGCAACAUCUUGAAUUGACACGAGAGCUUGCAGAACGAAUUAACUAUUUAUAUGGAGGUAAAAAAUGGAAGAAGUUGGGAGGGCGAGGUGGUCCAAUAUUUAAGGUACCUGAACCUCUCAUUCCACCUGCUGGAGCUCGAAUAAUGUCCCUUACUGAUGGCCUUUCAAAGAUGUCAAAGUCUGCACCUUCUGACCAAUCUCGUAUCAACUUGCUUGAUCCAAAAGAUGCAAUAGCAAAUAAGAUAAAACGUUGCAAGACUGACUCAUUGAGUGGCUUGGAAUUUGACAACCUUGAUAGACCAGAAUGCAACAAUCUUCUUUCUAUUUAUCAGCUUGUGUCAGGCAAGACAAAGCAGGAAGUUACUGAGGAAUGCCAAAAUAUGAGCUGGGGAGCAUUUAAGCCUUUGCUUACAGAUGCUUUAGUUGCACAUCUACAUCCUAUCCAGGUUAGAUAUGAGGAAAUAAUGUCUGAUAGUGACUGUUUGGAUAAAGUGUUAGCAGAAGGCGCUAUGAACGCAGCAAACGUUGCAAAUGUCACUCUCCAAAAUGUUUACCAGGCAAUGGGGUUUAUGCGGCGAUGAUUAUAAAUUAUUUACAUCUAUACUAAUAUAAAAGCAAAAGAUUUUUGAUGCACAGUGUUCCCGCCGGAAAACGUCAACAUCAGUCCUUUAUUUGCUAAUCAGUAAAAAAAAAUACAAAAUAAUUAUAA